AGCGCGCCACAGCUGUUUGCGUCCGCAAUGGGGAUCACGAUGAAGGCUCCGCAGCCCUCGCUACAGCCUCGUCGCUGCACCGUUAUCGCGCCUAUAUGAUGCCUACAAUCCGAAUCCACGUGCCUCUGACGUCAGAGCCAUUACGUCUGAUUGUGGCCCCUCUUCCGACCACGAAGUGCCACCGUGCGCCGGUGUGUGUGCACUCGUGCGGGCGCAUGUUUCAAUCGGCGAUGCGAACUACGUUUUCGGUCCACUACUAGUGCGGUGGACGUUAGCCAAGAAGAAAGUAUUGGUGGCGCCAGUUUUUUUUUUUUCCUUUGCUGCAUCGAGUUUUCAAGACGCAAAUUCAUUACGUCGGCCAGCGCAUCGCAGAAAACCGAGAGUUGCCGAGUCUACCGCUGUCACCAGGGUCGACUGCAACGCUUCGGCAAUCGGCACUCACCGGUGGCGGAACGCUUUCGCAGUGCACAAUAUUCAUCACCGCUCACAUCCGUCUGCCGGAUAUACCUCGCGUGCUGUCGUUCCCCCCAAAAUUGUCCUAUUGUGUGUUCCGCGUCGAAGCGCAUGACUGCACCUAUUUCACACCGGAGAUCAACGUAUGCCUAGGUUGACAGGCUGCCCCGUAUGAGUCGGCGCUCGUGCAUUCCUACUUGUACAGCCUGGGAUGACAAUAAUGCACUGUGGCGGUGAACGUUGGAAGAUUGUGACUCGUGUGCUUCAGGAUUUUGCGUCGUUUUUCACCAACCCGAGAGCCGCUAACGUUUAGUGGGCGCACUGACCUCCCUCUACUGCUGAUGGCGCUUCAGCCCUGCUGCGCAAAAGCGCAGGAACAAAGACAUUCUUUUGGAAGCAUCGUGGAAGGUGAAGCAAAAUUUAGCUCAAGCCAUGUUCACGAUGAUGACGAUGAUGAUCUGGAGGACUGCGACCUCAGCUGCUUUUUGGAAUCGAGCUUGCUUACUUUCGAUGACUCCAUCGACACUGCAUCGCCGUAUGUUCCGGUCACUUCGUCAGCCACCAAACCUUCACGCAUGUUCUCGGAGUUCCUCUUGCCCUGUGCCGAAGAACAACCAAACCUGUUGCCGAAUGACGAAGCGACAUCAAAACCGGUUGACCGCACUCUGGCCGAUGUGGUACCGAAGAGUCCCAAGCUUGAGAGGCCACAUGGCAAGUCAAAGAGCAAGCGGUCACCAACUUCAGCCUCGUCGCCAUCACGCACAAAGAAGGAGGGCAUCAGUAGCGUCUGCAGUGGAUCACGAGCAAAGAGCACCACGCUGUCGGGCCGAAGUGCCGAAGACGAGGAACUUGCAGCCCUGCAGGCGAGUGGCAACGUACGUUGUCCUCACAGCUGCCGCAAGUGCUACAACGACUGCAUGAACAAACUCAUGGCGCUCUGUGACAGCCAAGAAGUCGUGAAGUUCAACGAUGCUCUACGACAGCCGUUCAAGGCGAGCAAGCUGAGGAAGGCAGGCGAGACCGUCGACUCCGAAUCGUACAUGGUCGACACGGGCAGCAAAGCGCCGACGGCCACGGACACGGUCCUGCAGCUGUUCUCUAUCGACACGCACUCGCUCUCCAGAGUGUACUGCAGUGUGUUUAGCUGCAGGAAGCUCAGCGACCUGCAGAUGGGCCUUACCAACACGUGCUAUGGAUUCAAGACUAUACGCAGAAUCCUGUUGGUGGAUGACAACCUGCCAGAAAACUUUUGCAAGGCGUACGACGAAUACGCCCGUUCUCAUUCACGGUGCUACCAGCCACACCCUGAUAUGAGACCAAAGGAACAGCACUACCUGUUGGUGGAGAGUGACUACUGUGGUCCCAGUAUUCUACACUCUAAGCUGAAGCCCGCACAAGCGAUAAGCAUCAUCGGCCAGGUCGCGUGCACCUUGGCAGUCGCCGAACGGGAGCUCCAGUUUGAGCACCGGAACCUUCUCGAGGAAAACAUCAAGGUGCUGCCCUCUACCUCCAAGAACCACCACUUCCUCAUUGACGGCCGCACUUGUUGCGUCAAGGGAGCCGGUAUCAAGGUCACCCUUAUAGAUGACAACUUCAGCCGCCUGACUUACAGUACGUUUCUUACACCUUCAAGCAAAGACCUUCGCACGUCAUGGUGCAAAAUGCGCAACAACGAAAUAUUCUUGCGCAUGAGGAACUACAAUUGCGUCUACAAAGACAAGACUGCGCAAUACCUCACCCUGGAACGGAUCAUCAAGAACCGCUGGGACUUGUUUCACCCGGAGACGAAUGCUCUGUGGCUGGCCUACCUGUGCGGCCACCUGAGCGACUACCUGACCGUGCCCAACCCUACCGGCGAGUGGCAGCGCAGGCUGGAGCUGCUCGCAUUCAUGCAGCGUGACCUGCAUCGGGUUCACUCAGCCGACGAGUUCGUGUGGCUGUACAUCAACAAGAUCGGCCAUGUUCACGCAGAUCACGGUUACCAGCCCCACAGUUGGGGCGGCCACCACCCGUCCGGUCCGCCAAUUUACACGGGCCUUCUCAGCCUGCUGCGCUGGAGAGACAAGAAGAAGAAUGAGGACGACAACCCACCGGGACAUUCGGCGAGUCCGCACGCUCAUCGUAGCGGAGCUUCCAGCGCUCCACCAGAACUCGAUAAGGAGCAGAAUAAAUAGUUACGCGUUCGCCGAGUGCUCGCCGCUGCUUCAGGCCAGGUGAUCUUGUGGCGUAUUCAAAGCGCACUAUAUGAUAAAUAGGCUCGAAACUUGAAGCACACCUUUCUUCUUUUUCUCUUGCAGGAGGAACAGUGUUUGUUUUCUAUAGUCAUAACUGAAUGCCUGCGGUUUUCAGGGGAACAUCUUCCCACAAUUCCCAAGUCCUAUUGGGCAUCAAGGCAAAACCCUUGUUCAUUUUUAUGUGCAACUGUAUUGUACUUUCGUGCACAAAUAAAGAAAAUGCGAUCAUUAAAAAA